AUGAAGAGAAAGCAUACCGAGACCGACGACUCCGCGCCGAAGGAGGAGAAGCGCGCCAAGACUCAGGAGCCACAGCCUGCCGUGAAGGAACUCACUUUCAGCGAUCUUGGCCUCGACACGCGACUGGUGCAGGGUGUCGCCGCGGAGAGCUUCAAGGACCCGACGCCAGUCCAACAGAAGGCCAUUCCGCUCGCUCUUGACGGCAAGGAUGUCGUCGCUAAGGCUCCCUGUGGCUCUGGAAAGACCGCCGCUUACGUUUUGCCCGUACUGUCUAGCAUCCUGAAGCGCAAGACGACCGACUCCUCUCCCGCCACGACUGCCGUUAUUCUAGUCCCGACACGCGAACUCGCCGACCAAGUUCUCAAAGCGAUUGAGCAAUUCUCAGCCUAUUGCGCGAAGGACAUCCACGCCGUCAAGCUUGUCGACAAGAUCUCCGAUGCUGUUCAACGCUCCCUCCUGUCUAACUUCCCCGAUAUUGUCAUCUCCACACCUGCCACCGCAUGGAGGAAUAUUCUCAACGAUGCUUUGUCCCUCGAAAAGCUCUCGUAUCUCGUUCUCGACGAGGCGGACCUCAUCCUCUCAUACGGCUAUAACGAGGAUCUGGAGAACAUCGCAAGGAAGCUCCCCAAGGGUGUUCAGCUUCUGAUGAUGAGCGCUACCUUGUCAACCGAUGUCACCUCUCUGCAAGGAAUUUUCGCCCGGAAACCGACCGUCCUCGACUUGGACGACGAGGAAACGGAGGGUGAUAACUUGUCACAGUUCGUUGUGAGCUGCGCCGAGGACGAGAAGUUUUUAUUGGCUUUCAUUAUUUUUAAGCUGAAGCUGGUCAAGGGAAAGUGUCUCAUUUUCGUCAACGACGUCGACAGAUCAUACCGCCUGAAGCUCUUCCUCGAACAGUUCCAGGUCCGAAGCUGUAUCCUUAACUCCGAGCUCCCCAUUACAUCAAGAGCACACGUGCUCGAGGAGUUCAACCGCGGUGUCUAUGAUAUCAUUAUCGCGUCCGACGAGAAGAGCGCUAUGGGCGUCGAAGAGAAGGACGCCGAGGAGGAAGACGGUGAGGGCGAGAAGGAGAAGGAGAAGAAGAAGGAGUCUAAGAAGAAGAACAAGAAGAAGUCGUCAAAGCGGGAUGUCGAGUUUGGCGUAUCACGAGGCAUCGACUUCAAGAAUGUGGCAGCCGUUGUCAACUUUGACUUGCCAACGUCAGCAUCGUCAUACACACACCGAAUUGGUCGGACAGCACGUGCUGGAAGGACAGGCAUGGCCCUUUCGUUUUACGUACCCAAGGAGCUGUACCGCAAGCACAUGCCCACCAGCAUCGAGACCGCGGAGAACGACGAGAAGGUACUAGCCAAGAUCAAGAGACAGCAAGCGAAGCAGGGCAAGGAGGUGAAGCCAUACAACUUCAAGAAGGAGCAUCUGGAUGCGUUCCGAUACCGUCUGGACGAUGCGUUGAGAGCAGUCACGAAGGUGGCUGUGAGAGAGGCGCGUAUGAGGGAGUUGAAGCAGGAGCUCUUGAAGAGUGAGAAGCUGAAGAGAUACUUCGAGGAGAACCCUACAGAACUGCAGCACCUACGUCACGACGGAGAGCUGAGGACAGCAAGACAGCAGCCCCAUCUUAAGCAUAUACCCGAAUACUUGCUUCCCAAGGAGGGCAAAGACUCGCUCACUUCAAACGAGGUCGGUAUGGUACCAUUCAGAAAGGUUGGCGGCAAAUUGAGGAAUAAGAAGGGCAAGUUUGGACGUGGCAAGAAGGUCGGAACUAGGAAAGUAAACCCUUUGAAAACGUUCAAGGCACGACGGAAAUGA